AUUUUCUUUGCCGCCAAGCGAAUUUGUAUGGAGUGUCGAGAAUAGACCUUUGCUGAAAACGAGAUUGUUGCCUUAUUGACAUUUCUCAAGUAGACCUAUCAUUUAGCUUUAUGGACAGAUGAAGGUGAUCCAGCACUCUGUGGUGACCCUGCAAACAGCUUUGAUCUCUAAUCGUCAGGACCUGGCAGAAAUUUACAGCAAGUACACUGAGCAAGAGCGGUGUCUUCUGGAGGAAGGAUUUCACUCGGGGCAGCCGGGGUCACUUUUCCUGCCCAUCACGGUGCAUUCUGACGCCGACUGGAUCCCUGCUCACCCUGAGGAGCCUCAAGACUUCGAGAGCUUCUUCAGAGACCCUUACCGCAAGACCCCUGAUGCCAGCCACAAUACUAUUUAUAUUCAAACCAUAGGUUCCUUCGGCGAGGUGGGGGCCCAGACAGACCAGUAUGUGGAGUGGCUCAGAGAAUACUGCCAAGCCUUCUUCUAUGGACUUUCUGUCACGCUGCUGCCGGCGGUUACUGUGGCUGAAACAGGAUGUUCUUUCAGGGUUAACAGUAACUCAAACAACCUCCAGAUCCUCACUGGUGACCUGCUAAGAUUUCUGGAGAAAAAGAAACCAAAAGAUGCUUUUUGUAUCGUUGGAUUAACAAUGAUAGACCUCUACCCCAGUGACUCUUGGAACUUUGUCUUUGGGCAGGCUUCACUCAGUAUGGGAAUGGGUGUUUUUAGCUUUGCCAGGUAUGAUGACAACUUCUACACCAGCACUUAUGCCGGGAGGCUAAAAAAAAGCCUUCAGCCAAAGCAGGGGGACUACUCAGUGUUUGACGGUUAUUACACUCCUCCCAUCAGUAGCACUCUGCUGCUUCGAUCCUGCAAGACCAUGACCCAUGAAAUUGGCCACAUGUUUGGGAUAAAGCAUUGCCAGUGGUUGAACUGUGUCAUGCAGGGCUCCAACCACCUGGAGGAGUCUGAUCGUCGACCCCUGGAUCUCUGUCCAGUCUGCCUUCGCAAGCUACAAGCCUCAAUCAGCUUCAAAAUAGCUGAAAGAUACCAGGCUUUGCUGCACUGGGUGGAGGACGAUGACAGUCAGACAUCCUGUCAGCCUGUUUCCUACCUUUCCAAACCCACCGAAGCGUUUCAAACAUCCAGACUGUGGCUCCGCAGGUGUCUCGACAUACUGAAGAGUACAUGACCUGUAGACGGAAGUCGAGAUAAGAUCAGUGAAGCAGCUCUUAUCUACUCUUGCUGAAGUUUCCCUGCAAGACAUUUUUCGGUUUCCUGAUCACAAAGUUCACUCUGAUUUUUUUACGACUGUAUUGGCGGCUGUGACUCAGUGGUAGUUCGUCUCUUAACUGGAAGGUUGGGGGUUCAAUCCCAAGCUCUUGCACAUGGGCGGUUCUAGGCAGGGGCCAACAGGGGCCAGUGAGCUUGGUCCCCCCUGUGGCUACCCCUCCAAAAGGAAGACCCCCCCCCCUCAUAACACAUACAUAGUGUAGAGGCCAUAUUAAUCAUGGUAACUUUAGUUUCAGAAGUAUGGUUUAAGUUUGUGUUAUUUUAUUUUUUGUGUUGUUAGAAAUAAGUAUUCAUUUAUGAGAAGUAAUUGAUUUGACAUGGAAACCUUUAUGGUGAAUAAUGGAUUUAUUUUGGCAGGUAUUUUGUUUUAUGGGUGGAGCCGAGUU